AUGAAGCGGUUCACCCUUUUCAGCCUGGCUUCGGCAAUCGGCUUGGCUGGCGCCUCACCUCUGUUCCCUGCCGGCAACGGAACGUUCUCGAACUCGACUUGCACAUCGCUGAAUCAAAGAAAAGCAUGGCACACUCUAGGCAACGAAGAAAAGUCCGAGUAUCUUCAGGCAGUCAAGUGCUUGAUGGAUUCCCCUGCCAAGAGCGGCAUCACCGGCGCGAAGACGCGUUACGAUGAGCUCCAAUGGUGCCAUGUGGUCCAAUCGAAUUUCAUCCACGGUGUCGGUGCUUUCCUUCCUUGGCACCGUCUCUAUCUGCGUCUGCAGGAAAUGCUUCUCCAGGAUGAAUGCGGCUACACCGGGGCGCUCCCAUACUGGGACGAGCAGCAUGAUCUCGAGGUUUACGGAACACUCGACAAGGCCUCCGUUUGGGGCGCCGACGAGUUCAGUUUCGGCACCAACGGCGUCAACACCACCAGCGGAACCAACUGCGUCGUCGACGGCCCCUUUGCCAACACAACUCUGCGCAUGGAUCAGAUCUGGGGCGUCAACUACUACGACGAGUACUGCUUGUCUCGUGAGUGGAACCAGACGGCCUUCACGUUUGCCAACCAGUCGUAUGUCGAUGUGUGCUUCGAGAAGACGAACUACAACGACGCCAACUUCUGCUACGUUGAUUCGCCCCACUCCUGCGGCCAUCUCGCAACUGGCGGCACUAUGGAAAACCAAAAUGCCAGCCCUGGUGACCCCCUCUUCUUCCUGCACCACGCCAACCUGGACCGACUUUGGUGGAAUUGGCAACUUGCCAAUCUCUCAUCCCGCCUGACGGACAUGAGCGGCCAACUCAUUCCUCCGACGUUCAUCAUGGAGCAGAACCGCUGGCUUCCCCCUUCCAAAGCGUACCUCGACUAUGAUGGUGAUCCGGGCAACGACACCACUCUGAACCACGUGUUGUGGAUGGCUGAAAUCAUUCCCAACAAGACUAUUGCGGAUGUCAUGGAUCUCAGAGGCGACGUCAUCUGCGCCGAGUACGUUAUUGCGGAGGAGUAA